UUAUAUAUUCUAUUAAAUGUAGUCAAGCCAUGGCAACCCGCUUAAUCAGCCGGCGAAUUUCGAGAAUUCCUACUACAUUCGUCUGGCGAACCUUGCUCUUUGGUUCACUUAGUUUCGUUUAUUUUUACUGUAUGACGAUCUGGAAUAAGCUUAUUUUUGAGGAAUAUCGUGCUUCAACUAUUCAUCAAAUUAUUCGCAAAAGUCCAGAAGUCAACAGUUUACGAAAAAAUGAAAAAGUGGGAAUAUUUAACGAAAGUUUGAAAUCUAUUACCCACUACUCGCCUAUUAAUAGUGACAAUUCAUCAAAAGAAUUGUGUCCCCUUUGGUCACCUUUAUUAGUUGGUUGGGUUAACAUCUCCUUUGUUGCAUCCCGUGCUUGGAAGGAAAAAGAAGAUAAUUUGAACUCUAAAAUGAGAAGUACCGGAUUGGAUGUUGGUGGCAAGUACAAACCAAGAGACUGUCAAUCACGGAACAAGGUUGCCAUCAUUGUACCGUACAGGAAUAGAAAAAAUCAUUUAAAAAUAUUUCUGCGCUACAUGCACCCAUUUCUACAAAGGCAACAACUGGAAUACGUUGUAGUUGUAGUUGAACAGUCAGAAGGGCUACCAUUUAAUCGUGGAAUGCUUAUGAAUAUUGGUUUUAAAGAAACUCAACUAAACCAUAACUAUAAGUGUUUCAUUUUUCACGAUGUUGACCUUCUCCCUGAAAACGAUGGAUAUCUUUAUAGUUGUCCUGAAGAAGGAAGACCUCGACAGAUGGCUUUCUCUAUGGACAUCUACGAAUAUACUCCCACACCGCUUGCUUAUUUUGGAGGCGUAAGCGCAUUUUCGGCUAAGGAUUUUCAAAAAGUAAAUGGAUUUUCAAACGUGUUCUGGGGCUGGGGCAACGAGGAUGAUGAUCUGUAUCGAAGAAUACUCCAUAAAAACCUUACUGUAACACGAAUGUUUGACGGUGAACAAUCAUUUGCCGAUGUAACUCGUUAUACGAUGCUUAAUCAUCGAAUAGGUGUUCCUAAUCCUGAUCGAAUUGGGUUAUUGUUGGAUGGGAUUAGUCGAAUCGAAUCAGACGGUCUUGGUAAUCUUUAUUAUAAGAAAAUGUUUUUGAAGUUUAAACCACUGUACACACACAUUCUCGUUGAGAUAGAAAAAUAAAAGUAAUGCAACAUAUGCUCAUAAAUUUUUUUCAUACUGUAUUUAUCAAUGGGUCUGUCAGUGCAGAGAGGAAUUUUCCUUGGGUGCCGCCCCCCCUCCAAAAAAAAAUAUGAAAUAAAUAGAUAAUCAAUAAACCCGAUCUACUAGGAAGUGGCAAUACUUCCAAAAGCCUAGGAGACAUUAACCUUUUUCAACAAAAACUCCCCCUUUUCCCUUUUUGCUGGGGAAAGUUCCAAUUUCCAUGGUUCAGCAAUCACACGUAGUUGUUGCACAACCCCUCUAAACAAUGUCUCACAUCUCAAUAGUUGAAUUUCCCACCCAGUAGAUGUCAUCACGCGAAAAACUGAUUGUACAGGGUAGUUUUCACAGCUGACUUGCUUGCUAGAUUUUUCUUAAAAUUUAUUUGAUUAAGGGCGCUAUCCACGGCUUCUCUUAGCACCUAUUAGUUAUUGGCUAUAAACGUAAAAUUC